AUGCAGUUCUUCGCGCACACUCAGACCCCCGUGGUUUCCGCCGCAAAUACCUCCAACGUCGAUGAGCAGCUGGCCAACUUCUUCAGCCCCAACACGUUAGACACUUCUUCAGAACACUCGCCACACAUGGCCAACAGCCGCAGAGAGUCCUUUGCUACGGGACCGCCGUUAUUUUCUCCCAAGACGGAAGACUGGCAGUCCGUGGAUAUGCAGUCCAUUCCCUCGAACAACCCGUUCGUCGAGCAGCAGGAAGCCUCCAACUACCUGCGAAUGGACCAGCACAGCAGCCAUGCCUUCAGCGCACCCUCAACAAGCUCAUGGGGUAUGGCCGCCCAGACUCCCCUUCCCCAGUUCGACCCAGCGGUGGCUGCUGGCUUUGAGGUUCCUACUUCUGUCUACCAGAACGCUGCCCAUGCGCCCAUGCCCUUUCCCAGCAUGUUUGGCACCAUAACUAGCGAACAGAAGCACGAGCAGGCAUCCCCCAAGAAUGAGUGGUCUGCUACUUCUCAGUCCAUCCAUCAGUCGCCCACAGCUUCUACAGCCACUGCUGCUGCCGUGACUGAUGGGGACCAGCUUGCGCAAGGCGACCUCCGUCGUGAUGGUGUUCGCAAGAGGAAUGCGCGUUUUGAGAUCCCGCCAGACCACAACCUGAACAACAUUGACCAACUCAUUGCCGAAUCUACCAAUGAGGUGGAGAUCAAGGAGCUCAAGCAACAAAAACGCCUACUUCGAAACCGUCAAGCUGCCCUGGAUUCUAGGCAACGGAAGAAGCAGCAUACCGAGAGACUCGAGGAUGAAAAGAAGCAGUAUACGGCAACUAUUGGGGAGCUGGACGUAGAAGUCAACUCAUUACGAAUCCAGCUGGAAGAAUGUCGCCGCGAGUGUCAAAUGUAUAUGCAAUACUGCGAGACUCUCACGUUUCAAAGGGAAGAGAUGAUUCGCAGUCACACUGUCGAAUCGCGCGAGCUGCGCAAGAAAGUCAGCGUGCUCACCGAGAACAUUGCCGCCCUGGAGAAUAACUCUGUGCCCACUCCUGGCCCUACUGGCACAACCAUCAAUGGGCCAUUUGGUGAGGUUGACAGCAUGUGCAUGCCUGGUGGUUGGGACAACGCCAACUUUCUUCAUCAGUAUGGCAUGAUUCCCGAGGCCCCCAAGCAGACCGUUCCGCCGUCAACGUCAAUAGCCAAGAAGGCUCACGCUGGCCCUUCCACGGAAGGCGAAAAAGCGGCCACGCAGGGUGGCUUGCUCUUCAUGCUCUUCCUUGUUGGCGCAUUUGUCAUGUCCAGCCCUUCCCCUCCUGCCAUCCCUCGCGUCUCUGAAGAUGUUCGCUCGGCCUCGGCGGCACUGCUUGACAAUGUCCUGAAGGAGGCCGCCGUGCCCUCAUCUGCCGCUGUGCAGCCCCUCCCGUCCCAGGGUGCCGCGAUCAACUGGGCUGGCAUGUCCAGCAGUGGCCCGAUGACUGGUGUCAUGGCCGACAGUGUGCCUGCGCCGAUGCUGGGUGAGCUCAACGACUUUAUCCAGCCGAGUCGCGCGCAGACCAACGAGCAAGCCUUCUCAAUGUCUGCGGCGCAAUACAAUGGCGUAAGCGAUCAAACGUUCCUGCAGAAUGGGCACCCGGAAAGGUUGUCCGAGCCGAGCCAAGGCCGCAAGAACCUGGCUGCAGCACUGGCUGAGAUCCGCGAAACCAACAAGCAGUCUGGAUCUGCCGAUGUGUAUACGCGUACACUUCUUUGGGACCAAAUCCCGCGAGACAUUGUGCGAGACUUCAUAAAGAUGUUCGCGGAGAACAAUUCCGCACAGAUUGACCCGCAGCAAUGCAACGAAAUCAUGUCCUAA